AUGCCGGGAAUCAAUCUAUUCUGUAUCAAUUCUGAGGCAAUGCUGCCCCUCAACUUCUCAGGGCUUCUGUUGGCCUGCCUGCUGCUCAUAGGCCUGGCCCAUGGUGAAGAUGCCCCUGCUGCUGCUGCUGCCCCUGCUGCUGCUGCUGCCGCCGCUGUUAGAAGAUCCUGUCCUGAAGGGUCCAAGGCAUUUGGUUCCAACUGCUAUGGUUUCUUCAGUAUAGAAAGCAGUUGGGAUGAUGCAGAGAUAAGCUGCCAGAGAGACACCUUGGGCCACCUAGUUUCCCUCAUGAAUGGGGCUGAAGCUUCCUUUGUGGCCUCCUUGGUGGCUGAGAGUGGGGGCAGCCGGAAGCCCAUCUGGACUGGCCUUUAUGACCCUAACAAGAACCGCCGCUGGAGAUGGAGCAACAAUGCCUUAUUCACCUACAGUGCCUGGGCUUCCAAUGCCCCAAGCAGCUCCAGUCCUGGACACUGUGCGUCUUUGACAACAGAGUCAGGAUUCAAAAAUUGGAAAGAUUUUGCAUGCUCAACCAAGAACUAUUACAUCUGCAAGUUCAAAGCCUAG